AUUCCUCACUCGUGUGAACUCGCCAGACGACGUCGCCAUGUCGAACGUGACUGGUGGUACGGUCCCUCCGGCCGUCACGCCCAGCACUCCUGCUGUGUCGACGCCGAGCACGCCUUCGCAACCGCCCACGACUCCACCGGCGGCGAGCAGCAGCAGCAGCUCUCCCCCGCCGCCGCCAUCGACCUCGUCCACACCCACACCGACGACUCCAUCGACCUCGUCGACUCCCCCCCCGGCCACCUCCUCGCCGCCGCCUCCUCCCACAUCGUCGACGCCACCACCCGCGACUUCGUCGAGGCCCACACCCUCGUCCACCCCUGUCACCACGUCUAGCAGUUCCACACCGCCGGCACCGACGACAUCUGCCCCGACAACUGUGGUGACAGAGACGCCGACCACCCUCUCUACGGCCGUUACCACUGUCGUCCGCACUUCCACGACACUCCCGUCUUCGUCGUCGCCAGCUGCGACUACCAGCUCGACAUCGACGCCUACGCCCAAUGACCCAGCUGGCAGCGGCAGCGGAGGCCUGAGCCAGGGGUCCAAGGUGGCCAUAGGCGUUGUUGUGCCUAUUGCUGCCAUUGCAAUUCUGGCCAUUCUUGGAUUGUUUUGGUGGAAGAAGCGGAGAGCUCGCCAGGAGGCCGAGGAGGAGCGCCGCAAGGAGGUCGAAGACUAUGCCUACAACCCUAAUGCCGACCCCACAAUUCCCGCUGUCAGCAUGGCUGCCGCCGAUAACUCGUACGAGAUGCGCGAGGACGGCGGAUCGGGCUAUCGUGGAUGGGGGUCGACCACUGCGGCCGGCUCUACCGGGCGCAAGGCGUCUACAACCAUGUCUGGUGGCAUGGCGGGCGGCGCGUACUCAGAUAUGACGUCUCCGACCCGCGUCGCCAACUCGGAGGCCAGGUCCGGCGAGGCUCUCCUUGACGGCUCGUCGUCCCCUGAUGGAGAGAUUCUGGGAGCUAUGGGCCCGGCCGCGGCCAACAACCGCGGAGACGUCCGCCGAGGUCCCUCCAACGCAUCGUCCUCCUAUAGUGCAGGUGGACGGUCGGAGGGGUCCGAGGGCGGUGUGUACGGCAACGGCGGCGGCGCCUAUUACGACCAGUAUGCGCAGAACCCGUACAGCGACCAGCGGCCUCAGGAGCUUCCCGGCCAGGCGGUGAUUAGGGACAACCCGGCGCGGCGUAACACGCGCAUCGAGAACCCAGCGCACUAUCCUCAGCAAAGCGCUGGCAUCGCCCAGAAUUUCUAA